AUGAGUAAACAAACAGAUCAACAACAGGGGAAGAAACCUGUUGUUGAAGAUCAUCUUAACUUUGAUAAUAUAUUCUCAUUCGAUUAUGAAAGAUGCAAGGGAGAACCAAAGCGUAUUGCCUUCCUAACAAGUGGCGGUGACUCUAGUGGUAUGAACCCUGCCAUUCGUGCACUAGUCCGUGCCGCACUGAUGAAAGGAGCAGAAGUCUACGCCAUCCGUGAGGGCUACAAUGGUCUUGUAAAGGGAUCAAUCGUCCCAGUCAACUGGGGAUCAGUGGCCAGCAUAAUGAAUCGUGGUGGCACUAUCAUUGGUACAGCUCGCAGUGCAGAGUUCAGAACAAAGGAGGGCAGGAAGAAGGCUGUGUUCAACUUGGUCAAGAACAAGAUCAACAACUUGGUCGUGAUUGGAGGUGAUGGCAGUCUGACUGGCGCCAACUUGUUGCGUACAGAGUGGCUGUCACUACUCAAAGAGUUGGUCGAUGAGAAGAAGGUUGAUGGCGACCUCAUGAGACUUGAUGAUCUGUCCAUCGUUGGCAUGGUCGGCUCUAUCGACAAUGACAUGUGUGGCACGGACAUCACCAUUGGUGCCGACACUGCCUGUCACCGUAUCCUCGAGUGUAUCGAUUCAAUCCUCAGUACAGCAGAGUCCCACCAGCGUAGUUUUGUCAUUGAAGUCAUGGGCAGGAACUGUGGAUGGUUGGCAUUGGUAUCUGGUCUGGCAACUGGUGCCGACUAUAUAUUGAUCCCUGAGCAUCCACCCGAAGAUGGAUGGGAACAUGCAAUGGUGGAGGGAUUGGAGCAUGGACGACUGUCUGGAAGAAGAUGUAGUUUGGUCAUUGUGGCAGAGGGUGCCAUCGAUAAACGUGGCAAGCCAAUCACAGCGGCUCAUGUGCGCCAGAUGCUUGAAGAUGGUGGACACGAUGCACGUAUCACCAUUCUAGGUCAUGUCCAGCGUGGAGGUACUCCAUCCUAUUUGGAUCGAUACAUUGCAACAAGAAUGGCAAUUGAAGCGAUCAACUACUUGUACACAAAGACAAAGGAAGAGGAGCCAUCGAUGAUUGGAAUGAUUGGUAAUAGGGUGGUGAGAUCACCAUUGAUGGAGUGCGUUCGUGAGACACAGCACAUUGGAAAGCUGAUCCAGGAGCAGAAGUUUGACGAGGUGAUCAACAGACGUGGCCAUCUCUUCAGGGAGUUCACAGACAUCUUUGGCAUCCUGUCCAAUCGUUUCCGCACCAACGCCCCCAAGAAGAACUACAACAUCGCCAUCCUGCACUCGGGCGGUCCCUCACCGGGCAUGAACCCAGCAGUGCGUGCAUUUGCUCGUAUUGGUAUCGACAGGGGCUAUGGCGUCUACGGAGUGUUCAACGGAUUCGCGGGAUUGGCCAAGGGCGACGUUAAGGAGCUCACCUGGAUGACGGUCAAUGGCUGGGCGGUGAUGGGCGGCGCCGAGCUGGGCACCAACCGAUCGAUCCCCAACGACUCCAACAUUGAGGACAUCAUCAAGACGCUCGAGAAGUACAACAUCAACUGCAUCCUAAUGUUUGGCGGCUACAAUGGAUACGUGGGCAUCAGCUCACUAUAUCAGUUCCGCAAGAAGUACCCAAUGCUGGAGAAGGUAGGCAUGGUGUGUGCACCAGGCACCAUCGCCAACAACGUGCCAGGCACAGAGAUAAGCAUCGGCUCGGACACAUGUCUGAACAACAUUCUGGACGCACUUGACAAGAUCAAACAGUCGGCCGUGGCCUCUCGCCGUCUGUUUGUAGUGGAGGUCAUGGGUGCGCAUUGUGGUUACCUGUCGGCCAUGUCGGCGCUGGCCAGUGGCGCAGAGCGCGCCUACACCAUGGAGGAGGGCGUCAACAUCAAAACGCUCACCGAUGACCUCAAGAUGUUUGUCGAUCGUUUCAAGCGCGACAAUCGCAUCGGUCUCAUUAUCACGAGCGAGAACGCGUCGGCCACCUACUCCACGCACUUUAUGUACUCGCUGUUCAAGGAGGAGGGCAAGCAUCUGUUUGACACUCGCGAGUCCAUCCUCGGACAUCUGCAGCAGGGUGGAAACCCAUCGUCGCGUGACCGUCUCAGCGCCACCUACCACAUGUACCACUUUAUCAAACUGAUCGAGCAGGAGGUCACUGGCAAGAACAAUCACUCGUUGGCCGGCUGCAUCGGCUACCUUAACGGAGACAUCCGAUUCACACCAAUCGAUGAGAUGAUGAGGAACAUCAACCCCAAGUAUCGUCGUCCCGAGAAGCAAUGGUGGCUGAGCCUGUGCGAGCUGUCGCGUCGCAUGUCCGUGCGUCCACCCGAGCUGUACACUGCUGAAGAGAACAAGGAGGCUGCCCUCAACAUCACCUCGCCAACCAUCUACUCCACAACGAUCCAUCCCAAUCCCAACAAUCCAAACAUCUCUCUCUAA